AUCGCCGCCGCACCGUCCGCCGCCGCCGCCGCAGUACCGCCCGACCUCUCCGUCCGGCUUGAUAUCUGACGCAGGAAGUCGCCGUGUCCUGCGGAGGAUGACCACGAUGCUGGCGCCCUUGGGUCUCUCGCUGCUGCUUGCGGUCCUGUGUGCGGCAAAAGAUCACGCGCCUAUAGUGGACGUGGGCGAGCAAUUCUGCGAGAAGAUCGUGGACCCCGAAGUGCAAUCGCAGUGCUUGACCUGUUUCCAGGAGGCUGAAGAUGGCAAGAAAAACGAGAUAAAGCGCUGCAUAAGGGAAUGGUUAAGUCCGCAGAUGGCCAAGUGUGCGAAUAAGCAGAGCGACGCGGAACUCGAAUUGUGCAUGGAAAUUGCGGGGAAACGUGAGAAGGUGAAAGAGAAGAGAACAAAUACCUUGGUGAAAAUCGGACAACCGCAGCUGCGCAAAGUAAUGGAUUCGCAGCUCGUUCAGGGCGCCGGGCCAGCCGUCUUCUCCAUCCUCUGCCAGGAGCUCUUCAUUACGGACGAAAACCUUAUUGCCCUCGUCGACGACCUGGCAAGCGAGUGCUUCACCAGGUUCGUGCUCGAGAACAAGGACGAGAACUGGCACCUGCACCAAAACAACAACGCCUCGCAGCAGGGGCGUCGGGACACGAGGGCGAGUGCGCCGAAGCCUGCGAAGACCGAGGGCAUAGCGCAGAGACACCUGGUGUACACCUAUGGACAAAUGGGCGUUGACAUGCCCUUCCACGGUGUUGGUCCUUUGGCCGUGGAUAUUCUCAAGGGCAAAUGCAUCUUCGAUAAGCUGGCGGAGGCAGGCAAACUUGAUCUUCUCGUUGAAAUGGCACUGAAUUCCCCAUACCCUGUGCCCAGCUGGUUCUUCCAUGAUAUACUGGAAUCGAUUACCUCUAUCACCCUCCCAAACUGAGAGCAACGGAGAUCUUUAUUUCUCACUGGGAAAAAAAUAUACAUUGGGAUUCAGUCUUUGGAAAGUUUUGUUGGUAUUAAAAGUUGACAGUGGUGCAGCAUAUGACUGGAUAUUGUUUUACAUUGCAAUAAACACAGAGCCGAUGAAAUACUGCAUAUUUAUAUGGUGAUAAUGUGCUUCUGCAUCAUUAAGUAACAAAAAAAUAUGCAUAACUUUUGAUUGCAAAACAAAUAAAAAUCUGUACACAUGGCACACUCCCCUCUUAAGUAUAAAUAAUCAUUUAAUCACUUUAAUACAUACAUAUACAUACCAUACCUAAGCAUGUGUGUUCAGUGGUUUAUGAGAUACUAAAGUCAAUUCCAUGCUAUAUAGUCCAACACUGUUAACAGUAUGUAUUAAUUGUUUCAUAAAAUAAAUCAGAAACCAUUGACCUAUAGA